GGGUGGGAGCAGUACUGUCCCAACGCUCUGCGGUCGACAAUAAGGUUCAUCCAUGUGCGUUCUUUUCCAGGAAAUUGUCGCCCGCAGAGAGAAACUAUGAUGUGGGCAACCGAGAACUACUAGCAAUCAAGCUGGCCCUAGAGGAGUGGAGGCACUGGCUCGAGGGGACAGAACAUCCGUUUUUGGUCUGGACCGACCACAGGAACCUGGAGUACAUCAGAUCAGCUAAGCGACUCAACUCCCGACAAGCCAGGUGGGCCUUAUUCUUCACCCGUUUCAACUUCUCUCUUUCUUACCGUCCAGGAUCUAAGAACACAAAGCCGGAUGCCCUUUCAAGACUAUUCGACCCGGACGCUCCAUUGGCUGCACCGUCCACCAUCUUGCCCCCUUUUUGCACAGUUGGGGCAGUGACAUGGGGAGUCGAGGAAGAGGUUAAGGGAGCUCUCAAGAGGGUAAGAGUCCCCAAGGGUUGCCCACCUAACCGCCUAUUUGUUCCCAAGUCCCUGCGGUCCCGGGUCAUUCACUGGGGACAUACCUCUCAACUUACCUGCCACCCGGGCAGCGGCCGAACCCUGAGCUUUCUUCAACAACGGUUCUGGUGGCCUGCCAUGAUGAAGGAGGUGAGGGAGUAUGUUGCUGCAUGCCCUGUCUGCUCCCAGAGCAAACCCUCACGUCGUCCACCAGCUGGCUUACUCCGGCCUCUCCCCACCCCCCGGCGGCCAUGGUCCCACAUCUCCAUUGAUUUCGUCUCUGGUCUCCCAGCCUCUGAAGGUUUUUCGCCCUUCCAGUGCGUGUAUGGCUAUCAGCCCCCACUCUUCCCCAACCUGGAGGGGGAGGUUUCGGUUCCCUCGGCCCAUGCCCUUGUCCGCAGAUGCCACCUCACCUGGAAAAGAGCGAGGUGCGCCCUACUUCGCGCAUCGGCGCAGUACCAGAGGCGGGCAAACCAGCAUCGGAGUCCUGCUCCCCGUUACCGAACUGGACAAAGGGUCUGGCUGUCUACAAAGGACUUACCUCUUCGGGUGGAGUCCCGCAAGUUGGCCCAGAAGUUCAUUGGCCCUUAUCCAAUAAUCAAGGCGAUCAACCCGGCAGCCGUCCGUCUUCGCCUCCCCAGAACCAUGAGAAUUCACCCCACGUUCCAUGUUUCCCGUGUCAAGCCAGUCAAGGAGAGCCCACUGGUCCCAUCCUCCAGACCCCCUCCGCCCCCCCGACUCGUCGACGGGGGCCCCGUGUAUACCCGUGAAGCGACUGUUGGCAGUCCGACGGCGGGGUAG